AUGGAUAAAUCUGUUUUAUUGGAAAUGCAGCUUAAAGAAGCAUUAGAUAGAGAAGCGAAUUUAAAAAAACUAAAUGAGUCAUUAAUGAAAGCUAUGGGAGAUAUUUCUAAUCAUGACAAAGGAAAAGAAAUACAAUUAUUAAAUUAAUUACAUGAUUCAGAAAUUUCUAAAUUGAAGACAACUCUUAGUGAGAAAAUAACUAUUUUAGAAUAUGAAGUAACUUUAUAUUAAUAUUUAGUAUCGAAAUAAAUGUUAGGAAUUUAGUAAAUUGGAAAAAAAUUACAAUCAAUUAAUGUUAGAUUAUGAAGAAUUAGAGAAUAAAGAAAAGUAUUAUUAAUUAUAAAUUUAUGGUAGAAAAUGUUAUAAAUGUACUGACUUUUAACUUUAGAUUACACAAAUUAUAAAAUAAAAUGAAAUUUAGAAAGAAGGUUUGGCUAGAGAGUUUUCAGAAGCAUUAAAUAAUUAAAAGUCAAUUUUAGAAUAUGUAUAAAAUUCAAACUAAUGAAAGGAUUCUAAUUGUCUGAAAUUAAAAGUCAAAUAACUUAACUUUGAAUUAGAAUAAGAAUAUAAAGAAAAAGAAAAAUAAUAAAAAAUAAUGCAAGAAUUGGGUUAAUUACAUGAAUAAGCAGUAUUUUUAUAAAAUAAAUUAGUAAAGAAGCUUAUUGUAAUAAAUAGCUGAUCUUAAUAGAGUUCAUAAUGAAACUAUUAUCCAAAAUAAUUAAUAUUAAACCCUUAGUUAAACAAGAGAGCAAUCAUAAGCAUAAAAAAUUUGUUAGUUAGAAUAAGAUAAAAUAAUUUUAGAAAAACAUUUAUUAGAGUAGAAGUAAUUAGUAAUUAAAACUUUUUUAGAGAUUAGAAUCUUAAAUUGGAAAACUAAAUUAAAUAACUUGAAAUUUAAUUAAGAGAUAAAGAAAAUAAAUUAAUGGAAUAGAAGAAUGAAUUAUCAAAAAAAUUAAUCAAUGAAAAGAAAAUUGCAGAAUAAUGUUAAGCUGUAGCUUUGAAAUUAAAAAAUGAUUUUUAAAGGAAAUAAUCUCUACUUAUUGAAGAAUCAUUAAAAAAAGAAUAACAGUUAAAAUCAGUUUAAACUUAAUUAACAAGAUAAAAAAGUAGAAAUAAAUAUUAUGAAAAUGCAUUAAGUUAAGUUAAUUUAUUAGAGAUUAAAAAUUCAACUCCUAAAUAAAUUAAACAUAAAAAGAAUAAUUUUUCUAAUGAUUAUAAUAAUUAAAACUAACUUGGGCAUAAAAAGGUAUUUAAAAGUUGAUUUGUAGAAUGCACUAAGUUAAGGUCAUGUUAAUAAAAUAAAAAUAUUGCCAUCUUCAAUAUAAAAAAGUGAAGCUGAUUCUAUUCAUUUUAAUUUAACUGAUAUGUUAAAUUCUACAAGAAAUCCAGAUCAAUAAAAUCUUUCAUGUAGGUAAUCAAAUGAAGAUAUUGGAUCUCAUAUAGAAUAAUUCAAUUGUGCUGCAAAAUUUGUAUUAUUAAUAUAUUUAUGAAUAUAAGGUUUAGACAAAUGAAGAUUCAAUUAUUCCAAUGUAAUAAUUGACAGAUAGAUAAUUAUCUCCAAGAACAAGAAGUAUUUUUAUCAUUUUUUAAAUUAAUAGUUUAAACAGUUAAUCCAAAAGGACCACCUUAAAGAGUAAGAUAAAUUCAAGCUGAUUUAUAUAAAGAGAAUAUAGUUGUAAGGCCUAAAGGAUGA